AUGAUCACCAAGAAAAUUCUGGAAAAGCUUGAGGGAUGCGAGCCUCCAGCUCUACUUGUCUUGCUUACUGAGUCUGCUCCUUCCAACUUUUUUCUGCAAAACAUUGAUUCUCGGUGGGUAUCCAUACGGAAGGGUGUCGAAAACUUGAUAACUACGAUGGUUACCAAUCCAACGCCCCUUGGUCUUGUUAAAACUCAGAAUGUGCUUACUUGUUGGAAGAGAUGUCUCAAGGCACUACACAAGACCAAGGAAAAUCUAGAACUGUCUCCCUCGCGGUUACUCGUGGAACUCCAUCAACUCCUUGCCCAUGCUCUUGACAACGGGCUGCCUUCAAGUCUCGCCUACAGCCUAAUCAGGUUGCUUCAUAAGUCUGUCGAAGUACUUUUCUAUGAUGAGUGGAGUUUUGCUCUCAGGCCGUCCACUUCUUGUGCGGCCGACGACCACUUACGUGCAGGAGUCCUUUCACUAGUCAGCAACAUAGAUUUGGCGAGUUGGAGUAGGAGCGUCCACGAGGACAACUUGUUCGAUUUCGGCCCACGAUGCUACCGGCUACUUGUGUACACGAUCACCCGUCUUGCAUUUGCACUAGGUGAAUCGACGCGGCCUAGCGAAAUUCAUCUUCCAUCCGCUCAUCACCUCUUCACGCGUUUGCUUGAGUCGAUUGAUUUCGAUCGGUAUACCCUAAUUGAUUGGCUUGUUUCACCCGAAACGGACUUUCUUGCGUACCUCUUUGCUUAUUCCAAGCGUGUUUGUGCCACCGAUCAGCGACGUUGGUGCCUUCCCGUAAAUUGGCAUCAGAAGCCACGUGUGGUCGAACUCCUGAACUGCCUUGUUGAGAGCCUUAAAAAACUCCAGUCAGCUGGAGCCUUACCAUUCUCAGCUGAUUUACUGGUUGACCGACUUGCCAGGGCAAUAAAAGUUCUCAUUCUAUGA